GACGCGAUUCGACGCAGAAAUCAAUACGCUUUUGUGAGGUUAAGUCAUGGAUUUGUUGCAGGAAUUGAUAAUAGUUUCGGAAAAAGCGGCAAAUAUUGCAAGGUUGUGCCGCCAAAACCAACAUUUGUUCACUCUUUUGAUUCAGAAAAAAAGCGAAAAGGAAGCAAAUUCCAGAUUUGUUGAAGAUUUCAAGACUUUGGCUGAUGUCCUCAUCCAGCAGUUGGUCCAACACGACAUUGGAGCCAAAUUUCCUGCCCUCAAAUCGUCAAUCUUCGGCGAGGAGACCAACACCUUCCGAAACAAACUCGGGGAUUCCAUCACCGUGGAAAUAAAAGACAAUCAACAAGCCACAGCCAACUUGCUCCGCAUUGUUUUAAACCAAGACAGCGAAGCUGCGGACUUGUUAUCCCACGAAGUGCAUAAAAAAAUUUCACUACCAACACAAACGAGGCAAAAUCCGAGCAUCGAAUUUACAUUGAGCGACGAAAUCGGCAUUUGGAUUGACCCAAUCGAUUCAACCGCUGAAUACAUCAACGGAAUUGAGGAAAUCACAAAUGGGGUUAGCACCAGUGGCUUGAAAUGUGUCACUGUUCUGAUUGGCGUUUUCGACAAGAGGGCGGGGCUUCCAGUGGUGGGGGUAAUAAACCAGCCAUUCGUCGAAAGUGCGUGUUUCUGGGGCCACGCCCUCGAAACCAACCUCCCCCCAGCCCCCGCCCCCACCAAGAGUGUGUGCGUCAGCAGUAGCGAAAACCGCGAGGUUUUAACCAAGCUAACCUCAAACGGUUAUAACCUAAUUGAGGCGUCAGGUGCCGGUUAUAAAAUUCUAACGGUUAUAACCGGCCAAGCUGAUGCUUACAUUUUAACAAAAGAUACGACGUUCAAGUGGGACACUUGUGGCCCCCAUGCCAUUUUGAGGGCCCAAGGGGGCGAUAUUGUGGUCUUUAGGGAUGCCCUAAAUGGGGUCAAAACCACGGUUACGUACACUGAGGAAAAGUUGUGUAAUUCUGGAGGGAUUAUUGCGUACAGGAGUGUGGAGGUUUUGAAUGAUUUGAUCAAAAUUUUAAGGUUAUAAUUUAUUUAACUGUAUUAUUGGGGCCAAACAAUUCGUUCGAUCCACGGUAUGUAAUACGAGACUCUCGUGUAAACCCCCGGACUGUUUGGGAUGCCACAGAUUUUUCCAAAGGACGUGAUCCCGACUAAGUACAGGACGUCGGUACGGAUUUGCAGGGGACCCCCGGAAUCACCCUAGGAAAUAAGAAAAUUGUACAACAUGCAAUAAUGAUAAUUAAAUGAUAAUAUAUAAUUAAAAAUAUGCGAGAGUA